GUACGUCAACAUCUGCGGUGUUUGUUUAUUUCGGCAAACUGCAGACGCAGCACAGCGACAGUUCCUAGCAAAAUUAUUAAGAUUUGAUUUUCCUCUACUCGCUAUAAUGCCGAUCAGAAUGCGAAAACAAGUACUCUUUGACCACGUAAACACAAGAAAAUACUAAUAUCUGCGAGAUUCCGUGUAUUGUGAAAGGCGGAAAUUAGAAGUGAGAUUUGGUGUUAUCAGUAGUUAUUCAGUGAGACCUAUCAGAAAUGGUGAAUUUGGGCGACGAAUUUCCUAACUUUAAAGUCAAUACCACAAUUGGAACUAUCCAGUUCCAUGAAUGGCUUGGAGAUUCAUGGGGUAUUCUGUUUUCCCAUCCGGCCGAUUUCACUCCUGUAUGCACUACGGAAUUAGCUCGCGUGGCUAAUCUUAUGCCGGAAUUCGAAAAGAGAAAUGUGAAAGUAAUAGCACUGUCGUGUGAUUCUGUAGAGUCACAUUCCAAAUGGAUUGAAGAUAUAAAAAGUUAUGGUGGCCACGUAGCAGAUAAAUUUCCGUACCCGAUUAUUGCUGAUGAAGGAAGAGAUUUAGCUGUUCAGUUGGGGAUGCUGGAUCCUGAUGAACGUGAUAAAGAUGGCCUUCCAUUAACAUGCCGAGCUGUUUUUGUUAUUAGCCCAACAAAAAGACUGAAACUUUCAAUUUUGUAUCCUGCUACUACUGGUCGUAACUUUGCUGAAAUAUUGAGAGCAAUUGAUUCACUGCAGCUGACAGAGAACAAGAAGGUGGCAACUCCUGCAGACUGGCAGAGUGGUGGUGACUGCAUGGUCCUUCCAACCCUGAAAGAGGAGGAAGCAGCCAGUUUGUUUCCAAAAGGCAUUUCAGUGAAACCUUUGCCAUCAGGCAAAUCAUAUCUAAGAGUUACUCCACAGCCAUAAGUGUAUAUCUUUGUCUUAUUUUGAUCUCAUUUUUCUUAGUUAUGAAACUGUGAUGCACCUUUGUUUUGAUGUAACACAUGAUGUGAGCACAUAAUGUCGUGUGAGGUAAUUGAAAUCAAUGGAAGGGAUAUGAGCAGCUGUGUUUUUAAAUUUCUUUUUAUGAUAAGGAUUUCAAAGCUAAUGUUUGAAAAUUAUUCAUGCUCUUAAAUAAUGAAUUAUAAUUACAGAUAUUAAAGAGUUAUGCUUUUUGUGUUGUGUAUAAGUAAUGUAAAUUGGUUUGUGAAUUGUGAUGUACAAGCUCAAAUGACAUGAUUUACUACCUAAAAUAGACAAGAGGGUCAAAGAUUUCUCUUCCAAAUGUGAAAUUUACCAUCUAGCAUUGCCUUAAGCUUGGCAACAGUGAUAACCAUAUAUAUUAUAUUAACACAGCAGUUCUGUAGAGUUUGUAACAAGGUGAUUAAUGAACACGUCUGAUUACUGUUUGAGUUCAUAAGAUAUUUCAUUUGGUAGCGACAAGUGGCAAUGUUUUAAAUAUUCUUUGGUGAAUUGUGAACUCGUGCAUACACGUGAAUUUUAUCAAGUGUACUUAACUUGUUCUGUGAUGUUUAUCCGAUGUACUUAAAUUAUAAAUGUGCUGAAAUCUAGUUCUGGUUGCUGCAUCCAGUGCCUUUGUGAUUUUAUUAUUAGGGUAUUGUUAUUAAACAGUAUUUUGUAUACACAUAGUUACUAUCUUAUAUUUUUGUUACUAGUUCUAUUUCUCUGAUGUAAAAGGAAAAAUAUUAGUAAAAUGAUGUGGAACAAGG